UCAUAAAGGAGCGAACGGGCUGUGUUAGCGCCCAGACUUGUUCAGCGCAGCUGAAGGGCGUCGAUGUUCUACCUCCAGACCUCGAGAAAGCAGCGGAGCACCGCGCCUUCCGCCCUGGCGCAGCCGGCACGGGACGCAAGGGCAGAGCUCAGCCGAGCUCUCGGGCUCCGGGUCAGCAGGGUCCUUAUGUUGGCCUGCCUGCUCCUCGUUAUCACUGAGCAAGUCAUAGCCACCAAAGCUCAUGAGCCAGCUGAUCUUCAGAGAUGGAAGCUGAGUUCCUCCAGAGGAUUUUGUCCGGCAGGUUCCUACCUGUCAGAAAAAAGUGGACAGUGUGAAGAAUGUGAAGAGGGGGUGGACUAUACCAGCUACUCCAAUAACCUCCCAGCCUGCAUCCCCUGCAGGGUCUGUGCCCAAGAAGAAACACAGAAAUAUUCCUGCAACAGGACCACAAACACAGUGUGCUACUGUAAGAAUGGCACCUUCCGGUCAGAGGGAUCCCCAGAAUUCUGCCAGAGAUGCCAGACCAGGUGCCCGGAUGGGAAGGUGAUGGCGAGUCCCUGUACCCCCUGGAGUGACCUCAAGUGUAUGGACAAAGAGUCAGGUACCAAGACCACUGAGGAAGCCCCAGCUCCUGGAGAGCCAGUGACCAGCAGUCCGGGGACUCCAGCCUCUCCUUGUCCUUCCGUAGACUGGGAACGCAUAGUGAUCAGCGUUACAAUUGCUAUAGUCCUGCUGUUGGCUGGGGCUGUGUUUGUUUGGAAGACUGGGUGGUGGAGACUUUGUGGCCAGAGGAGCAUCUUUUCAAGGUGUCCCAGCACCCAGUAUCUUGUCCAGUGUCUGAAGUCCAGGACCUCCAGGGAGGAGUUACAGCAGAAACCCUCUGCCUCCUCACCGAGGAGAUCCUCUCCUCUUCCGGGCUGUGAACAGGACUCCAAGCUUGGGAAUGGAGUCCUCAUUAACCCCCCAAAACCCUCAAGAGGGUCUGAAGCUCAGGACAAUGACCGCAAUGAGGUCCUCAGCUACGUAGUCCCCUCAUCUUCCCUUGAGCAUGAUGAGCAUGAAAUUGAGCGACAAGAACAGGUUGUGACUGGUGUCCCUGAACAGUGCCCAGGGGAGACAGACCGUCUGCUGCAGGGACCUGCAGAAGCAAAGAGGUCUUCCAUGGGAAGAAAGCCACUGGUCCCAGCGAGCGGUGUUGACCCCAGCGAGGCACUGAGGAGGCUUUUCACUUACUGUACGGAUGUCGUGCAUCAUAACUCCUGGGACCAGCUCAUGCAGGAGAUGGGCCUCACGCCCAAUGAGAUCUACCUCGCCAAAGUCAGCAGACCAUCUGAUCCCCUAUAUGAAAUGCUCCAGAAGUGGCUGUAUAAAACAGGGCGCAAUGCAUCCAUCAACACACUCCUGGGUGCCUUGGAGAAACUAGGACAGACACUUGCUGGGGAAAAGAUUGCGGAAUAUGCAGUGAACUCUGGGAAUUUCAUCUAUCAAGAAGAUUGAGUCAUUGAUGUGAAGGAACUUUUUUAGUAUGGUGUUUUGUAUAUAGAUAUUUUAAGGACACCAUGCUUGGCCUAUUUCUGGAGCCUAGUAAGGUUAUAUUUAUAUUGAUGUAAAUUUAUGUGUUUUUUUUAUUUUACUAUUUUUUGAAAACGAACACAUUUGGUAAUAUGAUUCCUGAAUUGUUUACAUUUAUUACUGAAGUGGACAUAUCAUUCAUAGAGUGAGAAAUCCAAAAGAGAGGAAGAGCAAAAUCCCCCUUCCCUCUUUAGGUUCCAGUUCUCACUCAUAUCUGUCCCUGACACCUGCCGUGGUCUUGGGUCUGUGAAUGUGACACAUUUGCCUGCUUAGGACUGGAUGGUACCUCUCACCUCUGGUAAAUCUAAGCCCCCAGAGCUGUAUUUAGGGGUGUGGAGUCCCUCUUCGGGGACCAUCACCCUCUGUAAGCAUCUCACUACUUUGUAAUUGAUUCCUAAAUGCUGUGACGACGAGGCAGGAUGGCUGACACAUUUGGAUUUUAUCCUGUGUGGCUUUCUGUUCAGUUCUUCUUAUUUAUUAUUAGUAUUAGGAACUGAACCCAGGGCCUUUGCACAGAGCUACAUCCCCAUCCUGUUUAAAAAUUUUAUAUAUUAAGCCACUGUCUCACUAAGCUCUCUAUGUUGCUCAGGCUGGGCUCAAACUUGUGAUGCUUCUGCCUCAGCCUCCCAGAGAGCUGGGACUGCAAACGCAUGCUACCCUUAUUUUUAUUGCUGUUGUUGGGACAGGGACUCACUUUGUAGCCCAGGCUGGCCUUGAGCUCAGUGAUCUUCCUACCUUAACCUCUCGAGUGUUAGUAUUACAGGUGUGCCCCACCACACCCAGCUCUAUUUUUAAGUCCUCAUUAUUCAGCUAUCCUUCCAUCAAAACUUUCUCCAUAGUAUCCCAGCCAUGACAGGACAAUUUUGUGAAGACGGCAGGUCCCAGGGUCUGGAGUCUAUUGCCUUUCCCACCUCCAGGGAUUACGUGUUGUGUUGAUCCACAGCUGGUUGACUAAACCAAAGCUACUUACACACUCAGGAUGAACUGCUCGUGGAGUAUGUCUGUCUUUCUCUCGUCCGGGGUCCCCCGUGUUCCUGGUAGCUGCAGGGCUUUCCUGCCUGCAGGCCAUCGUUGGCUGCUCCUUGAGAUGCUGGUCUCCACAUCUCAGAGGUAGCUAACCUGGUUUAGAUCUCCAAUCCUUUUCUAGAGGACUUCCGCCUCGUCAGUAUUUACUCCGGUACCGGGGAUCAAACUCAGGACCUUGCCCUUGCGUUUGUGAGGUAGGCGAGGUGCCACUAAGCUAAAUCCCCAGCCCAUCGUCAGUGUGGGAUGAAAGUGUCCUUUCAAUAAAGCAUUCUGCGAGCAUGGACACGGCUUCCCUUGCGUUCUGUAUGCCGUCAGGAGCGGACCGGUGUUGUUUUGCUCUUGUGCUUCUAUCAGAAACGUAUUGGCGGUAUUAAAUAACACAGAAUGAUUUGGUACAAAAUAUGUAUGUAUUUAUGAAUUGAUGACCAAAUUAAAUAUGAAACCUUAUAUAAAAA